GACCGCGCGCUCCAGCGGACAGUCCGGCUGCACGAGAGGCUUCCUCCGACCUCUACAAACUAAAAUACAGGUUUUAAUGGAAAGAUAAUUAAACCGGAGUCAAGCAAGUCUCCCUGAUCCUCCAGUCGGAGUUUUCUUUGAAAUCAGGACCCAUCGGCCAGGCUUUACCCAAAAGAAGCGUGGUACUAACGGAGGAGAUGAAGGAUUAGAGGAUAAUCCGGGAUGGUCCCGUGGUGCAACCGCAGAACCGUUUGCAGCUGGACACGAAACCUAUUUCUGAGCUGAUGUCGACGAAGCCAAAGCCCAAGGCAAGCGGGGGAAACCAGGCAACCUGACCACAGUCCAACCAGCCGGCUGCUUCCAGGAACACAAACUGCACAGUGUUUCGCCUCAAUUUAUGGCCAUCCUGCCAGCUAUGCAUCAAACCCAGCUUCGAAGAGUGGGACAAAGUUUGGCCUGCGCUUGAUAAACUGAGAUAAUAUUCAAGCGCAUUUGGCACUGCAGACUUGGGAGUUCAGCUUUUCAGAAAAUUACACAGUUUCAAGAUCUUGGAAUAACAUUUCAGAGUUUUUUUUUAAGGUUUGGACUCUCAAUGACUUUGGGAAGAGGAGAAAAUUCAACAUUCAGUUUGGCCAUUCAGUGGGAUUAAAGGUGGAUUUGAGCCAAUAUUUUGCCUUUCGAUUCCAACGUGUCACAAAGAGCGGGACAGAGUUGAACCCCGAACUAUUUGGCACUGCAAGCCUGGAGCUCAGAUUUCAUUAAGGUGUCAAGAUCCUGGAAUAACCAUACUCCAAGACGUUCAGUUUUGCGAUUCAUUGGGAUUUAAAGACAACUCCAAACAAAGUUGAUUUUCAGGAUCCAUUCAGCUCGUGUGAUCAUGAAUCUUCAGGAGAAGCUGUCAGGCCUCAAAGGUCUGGUCUCACAGUCCAGCAAGCGCCGCUAUAAAGGCGACCUCACGCUGGAGAUGAUCAGCCCUCCCUUGGGCGACUUCCGCCACACCAUGCACGUAGGCCGUGGAGGCGAUGUGUUCGGGGACACCUCCUUCCUCAGCAACCAUGGAGGCACCGGGAACAGGAACAACGGGAACAGCGGGAAUAACGUGGAAACGGACUCUAUCUCCAGCCCGGACAACAAGAUCGGCGCGUUCUUCUCCAGGACGCUGCGUCAGAUCAGGAGGGGAUCCGAUAACCGGCCCGCAGGAGGAUACAAGGAGCUGUCGCCUCCACCUCCGGUCGUCUCGCCCAUCAUCAAGAACGCCAUCUCCCUGCCCAGGCUGGAUGUGGAGAUGCCCAAUGGGAGUCCCACCGCCAAAGUGCUCUUCCCCAGUUCUCAUAGCACGCCGGAGGAGAGGAAGAGCUCUUAUGGUCUGGAGUCUGGCUUCGUCACCCUGCCUCGUCUCUCCCGCUCUGAGCGCCAGCAGCCGUCCAUCUCCCUCCCCACUUCCUGCCCGCCUAACAUCCACCGCGGCUCCCUCACCGACGCCACCGACGCCAUCUUGACCUCUGACCCCAAACCCUCCUUCUCCGCCUACUCCGACUCCCUCCCUUCCCUCUCCUCCCUGGACACCUUCACCUUCGACCUGGGCCCUUCCUUAAUGAGCGAGGUCUUCGGGCUGAUCGACGGCGGCCAAUUGGAGGAGCACGUCCACACCUGGGAGGUCGAGGAGGCGGGAUCAGCGUGCGGGAUGACCAAUGACGGCUCAGAGAUGGAUUCGGCCACUAUUUCGUACGUGGAUUCGCUGCUAAGGGAGGAUUUCGGCGGCAGGAAGAGCCCGCAUGUUGGCGAGUGGGAGGAGGAGGAAGCGCUGGAGGUGAAUGGAGUGAAAGAUGUGGCGAUGGCGUCUCCGGAACGAGCGAAAUUAGGUGUCGGGAUGGAGAUCGAGCGCUUCCAGAGCGCUACAGAUGUGCUCGCUCGCCACUAUGGAGUCAGCCUAAAGGGACAGAGCCGGGUGGAGGUGGCAGAUUCACAGAUGAUGAUCGUCAGCCAGCGGAAGAACAAAACUCCCUACAACUACAUGGACGAUGAGGAUGAAAUCAAAGUGUAAUCAGAGAUGUUUUGACUCAAAUCGACGAGGCUGGAUGACCAUGAAAAGCACAAUCCUUACUAUUGGAUGCUUUAAAGGAUGUACAGUGUUGAUGUUGCUGAGUGGAUCUUAAAGUGGUUUCCAAACCCGAGGGAUGAAUGCUUGCUUCCAAAAAAAGUAAAAGAAGGCGUGGAAAAACGAGGACACUACAUGAACAGUGAGGAGGAAAUCAAAGUGUAAUCAGAGACAUUUUAACUCUUAAAAACUGUUGAAUGUUUGAUUUAUCUGUAAUGAAAUCAAUCCAUGUGGUCGACGAGGCUGGCUCUUGACAGUAAGAGCAUGAAAACUACAUUUCUUAAUAUUGGAUGCUUUACUCUUAUAGCAAUGCUUCAAGGGGUGUACAGUUUUGAGGUUGCUGAAUGGAUGUUAAAGGAGUGAAGUGGUUUUCAAGCCAAAAGGGAUGUAUGCUUGUUUCAAAAAGACUUUAUAAGUAAAAGGAGGAACAGAAUGUAGUUCAGAUAGCCUCAAAGGACACGUCAGCAUUACAAAACCUGGAAGAAACAAAGCCUUUCAUUUCAUAUUUCUCACAUUUCCUCACAUAGUGCUGCAGAUAAAGCUGUGACAACCUUCUAAAAGUGGAUACAGGAAGCAAAAUGUGUAUGUUCAUCCCUCAAAUAUGUCCUUUAAUUAAAAAAAUCACUUGAAUUUUAACAAUGGCGACCAUUUUCCAAGGCGGCUGACAUUACCAGCCAAGGAAACUGUAUUUUACCAAAGAAUUUAACCAUUGGAUCCAUUUUCUUUAAUUUUGGUAUUGAAUGGCAUGUUUUUUUCACAGUGGGGAGGUCAGAUUUACGAUUUAGAAACUUUAGAAACAGAGCUUUAAAUGUGUGGUUGUGUGUUAGAAUCUGGGAACUCAACCACACUAAUAAUAAUACUAGUUUUCUAUGUUAGCAAAAUCAGUUAGCCGCCUCGAUGUUACCAGUACUGCCUCUACUGUACUACACUCCUACACCCCAAAAUACCUCCAUUACCAUUAACACAUGAUUAUAUUUGAUUGUAUGGCUCAGAUAUGGUCUAAAGAAGCUUCCUCAAGUCUGAAUUUGGUUUCUACGUGAGAGAAAUGUAUGAUUUGACACCAAGAUCAUUCAUGCAGUGAAAUUGAUUUUAUGGCUAAAAAAAAAAGGCGUUUCCAUGCCAACAUUGGUGGCCAUCUUUGAACAUUGACGAUAUUUCCUGUGCCAAUUUCAGAACUUGUAUCCACCUCCCUGGUAUAUUACAUUAUCUGCAGCACUACAGGAGGGAAAGCCUCUCCACGGUCACUAAUGAGACAGGAAGUGAGGAUCAGACAAAUGGAUUACAUCUCAUUACAACCUUUGGGCCUCACUGUCAACUCCUUCCACUCAGGAAAACACUACCAGGAAACAAAAAGGGAACGUGGAUUCUCAGGCUUCAUCAGAUUAGAAACCGACCUGGACUGAAGGAAUAUGAAAGUAUUUCUAGUAUUUCCAAGAUGCAACUGACGCUGACGACCAUAUAAAUGCUCAGUUAUGCUGCAGACCUUCUGUACUGAGACCCCGUGCACCUUUAAUGAUCAUGAAGUCUGACUCCUGUGUUGCUUUUUAAAGAACUGUCAUUUAAAUGUCCUUUUAUACGACUGUACACAAAGAUAUUAACUGACCUCCUAUGAAUAUGUACUUACAGUAAGAGCACCUGCAGCAGUACCUAGUGCAAUUCACAUCCAUAUGCUGCAGACAAUACCAAUGAUAUAUUACGAUGAUAUUAAUGACAAUAAAGGUGUUUUUAAUUAG